AUGCUCGUCCUUUCUAUUUCUCGACUUUUCGCAUCGGUCUUCUCGCUGGGCACCAUAGCCGCGGCUCAAACUCCUCAUGAUUUGCCACUGGACGAAGGGACAAGGAGAUUUCUUGAAGUCCUGCCCCCAGAAAAACAGGCUGAUAUUCUGAGGGAGUUCGGAAAAGCCCUUGCAGGCCAAGUACCCGCGUCGCCCGAUAUUAUCGAAGCGCAAGAGCUCAUCUGGAGCUACGGGAGGAGCCCCCCAUUCUAUCCAACUCCCCAGGGGAAAGGACUUGGAAACUGGUCUCGCGCUUAUGAGUACGCAUCGGCUCUAGUUUCUCAGAUGACAGUGGAUGAGAAAGUAUCCGUAACAUCUGGACAAACAACUACGACAAACGGAUGCAACGGUAUGAUUCCAGGAGUACAGCGCCUUGGAUUCCCAGGUAUAUGCGUCAACGACGGACCCAGCGGCCUUCAUGGGGUUGAGGCUGUCAACGGAUACGCAGCUGGCGUCACCGUUGCUGCGGCAUGGAAUAAAGAAUUGGCACACGCUCGUGGCUACCAUAUGGGCCUGGAAGCUAAGCGCCGAGGAGUUAACAACCUCCUCGGACCAACAGUUGGUCCACUCGGCCGCACUGUGCUUGGUGGCAGAAAUUGGGAAACCAAUCGUAACCCUAGCAUGUUUGGUAUGGGCAACGCUUCAGUCACUUCUAAUCUUGACGACAGAACCAUGCACGAAUUAUAUCUCUGGCCCUUCCAGGAUCUAGUCAAAGCUGGAGUAGGAUCAGUCAUGUGCUCCUACAAUCGAACCAAUGGAUCCCAUGGCUGCCAGAACAGCUACACGCAAAACGGCCUGUUGAAAACUGAGCUCGGAUUCCAAGGUUUCGUGUUAACCGACGCUGGGGCUCUGCACAGUGGAGUUUCAAGCGCCAACGCUGGUACUGACGCUACGACGCCUUUCAACGAGUUGUGGGGAAGCAACCUGACCGAGGCAAUAGCAAAUGGCACAAUGGAAGAGAGUAGGCUGGAUGAUAUGGUUACUCGUUGGUUCAAGUACAGCCAGUUUGAGCCUGGAACCGGGAUCCCGGUUGAUGUUUCAAAGCCACACAAGGUUGUCAGCUCCAUCUCUCCAGAGUCGCGCAAAACGAUCUUCCAAGGCGCUGUCGAGGGCAUUGUGCUGGUCAAGAACUAUAACAAUACCCUCCCCCUAAAGAAGCCAAAGGUCCUGUCCUUGUUUGGUUACGAUGCCGGUGUGCCUCGAAUAAACAACCGGGACGGUCCGUAUAGCAAAUGGGAUCUUGGGUUCCAGAGUGUUAAUGUCACCGAUGGACAAGUGCUUGGCCUUACCAUUGGCGUCGGUCAGGUUCCAGGCGCAGCCCAUCUUGGCACACUUAUCACUGGUGGAGGCAGUGCUUCAAUUACACCCGCGUACGUCAACUCUCCCUACAGUGCUUUUCAACAGCGCGCAAUGCAGGAUGGUACAUUCUUGUAUUGGGAUUUCGAGUCGCAGGACCCUGUUUAUGCCAAUGCCGGCUCCGACGCUUGUAUUGUUUUCAUUAAUGAGUUCAGUACUGAGGGCUCGGAAAGGUCCACGUUGGCUGAUCCCUGGUCGGACCAGCUGGUCAAGAAUGUUGCCUCAAGGUGCCCCAAUACGAUAGUGUCAAUCCACAACGCCGGUAUCAGGUUGGUAGAUCAGUGGAUUGAUCAUCCAAAUGUCACGGCGGUCCUCUUGGCCCAUCUACCCGGCCAGGACUCAGGAAGCUCACUUGUAGAGAUCAUAUACGGGGAACAGUCACCAUCUGGUCGGCUCCCGUAUACGGUAGCUAAGAACGAGUCCGACUAUGGCGAGUUGUUGAUGCCUGUGACCGCCGAUAAUGCAUCGAACUAUUAUACAUCGGCCAAUUUCACUGAAGGUGUCUACAUUGACUAUCGUCGCUUUGACGCAUUCAAUAUCACCCCCAGAUACGAAUUUGGUUUCGGUCUUUCCUACACUACCUUUGAAUACUCAGGGCUUGACUUGUCUCUCACUUCCGCAGGGGCUAAUGCGUCAGUCCUUCCUCCGCCAGGACCGGUCACUGAGGGGGGGCAAGAAUCUCUUUGGGAUACUAUUGCCACCGUUUCUGUGGACAUCAAGAACACCGGAGCAGUUGCCGCUUCAGCAAUUCCUCAGCUCUAUGCUGGCAUGCCAAAAGCACCCGUGAAACAGCUACGAGGGUUUGAGAAGGUUUUCUUGCAGCCCGGAGAGGUCAAAAAGGUGGUCUUUUCGCUCACACGAAGAGACCUUAGCACAUGGGACGUUAACCAUCAGAACUGGGUCUUGGGCAAGGGAGGAUACAAUUUCUAUGUUGGGGCAAGUAGUCGUGACUUGCCACUGAUGCAUAAGCUGGUUCUUUGA